AUGAGUGUCGACCCGUUCAACGUGUACGUCGCUCGGGAAUCCCUGGUGGGUGCGCUCAGGAAGCAGCCGAAGGUCUCGCGCUCGGACGAGAUCCGCACCUAUAGCUUCUCUCUUCCCCGGUCUCUGCGCAAUCACAACUCCUUGCAUUUGCGGUUGCUCCGGGGUCUUUAUCCUCGCCUGCCCGUGGGGAGAUCUUCAUUGUCUUCCACUACUCGGUCUCUGUUCCAGAACAACCCCGUCGAACAUUCCUGUUCGACUGGUCGGAACCCACGAGACGAAGGACCGCUCGGCCAGUCUACUACCAAGAGCCUCCCACGUGCACAUGGCAAGACGAUCGUCUCGGGCAAGGACUAUGCCGCGAAAGAACCCGACGCUUCUACUCGCGUCGCGAUGCUUGCGACGGACAACACCCCAAGCACAAGGAGGGCUAGGGUCAUCUCGCAAGCCGCGUCGGAGUUCCAGGCACACUCCAAUGUGUCCAACGAGUACCGCAGAAGCUCCAGCGUCCUCAACAAGGCCCCACCCGACGCGAUGGAUGCCGAUCCCCCGCCUCCACACAACGGCCCGACGACGAAGGACAGCGCACAGCUCACGGUUCCGGUCUCUGUCGGCCACUGCGAAGUUGAUGUCCCUGUCGCCGGCUUCACCUCGAAGUUCAUGGAUGUCGACGCCCGCUCCCGUCGCCUCCAAUCCCCACACGCUACUGCACCUGUCCGACGCGGUCCCGCCCUCCGUCGCGCGGCGAUGGGCCGGCUGCACGUGUUCGAGUGGUGGCAACAGCGGCGGCUCCGCGGGUCCGAGCAGUGGGAACGCGCGAACCUCCCCGUCCUGCGGUCAAGCUCGCCAGCGAUGAGCGCGUUGGACGGCACUCCCGAGUUCCGCCAUCGGAAGGACGAGGAGGUCGUGCGUCAACGUCCUGGAAUCGGCGUCGACGAGCUCAAGUCCUUGUCCCUCUUCGACGCACCCCGCGCCAACUCAUGGCGGUUGGAACUCCCGUCUCCGAACGAGUGGCACUCGCCCUCGCCCCCUGCAGUGCUCACCGCUGCCGCGGGCACUUCCUCCCCCGCUCCUGUCCUCCUCUGCCAACGCCAAGAUCCACAGAUGGCAUUCCAGACCUCGGAUGGACGCCCCUCGUCUGACGGCACGAUGCGGGUCGCGGAAGCGUCGCCGCCGCUCCGCGACCCGCACAAGCUGCACUCGGACCCGUCGCCACCGUUGCUGUUAACAUCCGGCGCUAGAAUGCCAUUGUUCACCGCACGAUCGCCGUGGGCUCUCCGAUGGUUCAAGUCGACGAAGAGAAGCGGCACGGCAGGCGAAGCACCGUGCACACGCAUCCGCGUCCACAUCCUCGGCGGGACCGUCUCCUCCAGCCCCCUCGACACGGCCGCAGCCCACCGACCCUCGCCGCUCAACGCCAACCUGGGCACGCACAACCCGACGCGCUCUCUCCAUCUCCCCGCGUCGCCCUUCGUGCCCCACGCAUCGGGCUCCGACCACCCCAUGAGCCCCGCACCCGUCUCCACCACCGUCAUCGACGCUCCGACCGGCGCACUCCUUACCGCAGAGUGGUAUCACACUCUUAACCAAGCCACGGGCGACCCCGCGGACCCCAUCUAUUCUAGCCACAAGGGUCCGCUCAUCUCCUACCUUGCCAAGAUCCCGGAUGCAACGCAGUCGGACGCGACGGACAAGAUGAUCGCCAACGCGGGCAAGGUAACGCUAACCGUCCCCGAGUGCAUCGAGGACGGCCAGUACCUCCUCCGCCACGAGAUCGUCGCGCUCCACGCCGCUUCGAGCUACCCCGGCGCGCAGUUGUACGCGCAGCUGAACAUCAAGGGCGAGUCCGGUGCCAAGACGCCCUCGACGGUCUCCUUCCCCGGCGCGUACGCUGGCUCCGACCCCGGCAUCGCCAUCAGCAUCUACUACCCGACCGUCAAGAACCACACCAUCCCCGCGCCGAUGCCUCACGAACUGCGCGUUGCUGCAAACUCGUCCGGCCCCGUGAAGUUCCGUGAACGAGGGCGGAAGCGUCCGCUGAAUCCCGAUGCUUUCCGUGCCCAAGACGUGUGCGAGCAUGCACGUCGCGCGGUGUGGGCGAACCAUCCGGAGCGGCCGCCCCUCGAUCCCGUCACUACACGACGACGCCCCACGCGGGCCAGUCUGUAUGGGAUUGCGGCCACAAGUACACAACCCGAUUUCGUCGCGCGUCAGCUGCAGUACUUCCUCUCCGUCACUCUCCGGCUCUCGAUCCUCCACGUCUCGAUCCUCUUGAUUCCUAACACACGGGAAAAGAAAUUCCCCUCGACUCCCCUCCCAACCGUCCAUCUUCUCGCCGCGCGCACCGUCAUCGUCAUGCACUGCCUCUAA